CCGCGCCGCUCCGCCGCCGCGCCGCCCGCCGCCGCGCGAGGCCUUCCUGCCCGCCAUGUCCUCCGCCCGCCGCUCGCACGACCUCGGCAGCGACUCGUCGUCGCACCUCGGCACCGGCGCCACGACGCCCAGCAUCGGCGCUGCUGCAUCCGCGGGCGAGCUCGCCGCCGCGCUCAACGACUCGUUCCGCGGCAGCAUCGCCGAGGCCGAGGCCUACCUCGCCUUCUACGAGGCGCGCGCGCGCCUCGAGGACGAGUACGUGCGCGGCCUGCGCGCCCUCGUCGAGCGCCAGCGCGAGACGGACGUGCGCAUCGAGAGCCGCAUCACGGCCGGCUCGGGCUCGCAGCCCGGCUCGUCGGAGCUGCCGGCGGCGCGGCGCGUCUGGCGGGAGCUGCGCGAGAACGACCUGCGCGAGAUCGACAUGCGCCUGCACCACGUCGAGGCGCUGCGCCAGACGGUCAUCGGCCCGCUCACGUCGUACCGCGAUGCGCAGGAGCGCAUCCGCAAGCGCGUCAAGGAGGACCUCAAGACGAGCUGCGGCAGAUACGAGGAGAUGCGCAACGUGACGCUGCCGCGCACGCGCAGGGCGUACGAGCGCAAGUGUGAAGAGGUGGAGCAGCUGCGUCUGCAGGCGCAGGCCGUCGAGGACCAGCGCACGCUGCUGGCCGCGCCUCUGCGCACGCCCGGCUCGGACCGCUCCAACGAGGAUCUGCACGAGUUCAACUACGGCUCGUCGCCGCCAAGCGACUCGAGCGGGGGCCUGCUGCGCUCGCCGCCGCGGCGUACCCGCUCCAUACGCGACCGCAGCCACCGGCGCAAGUCGAGCACCGGCAGCGGCGGCGGCGCAUUGUCGGAUCGCGAGGGCGACGGGAGCGCCGGCGAGGGGCUCACGACGAGCGACAAGUCCAAGCCCAACUUCCUCGACGUGCUGCGCAGCAAGGAUGGCUGGGACCAGGCGCGCAAAGAAGCGCCAAAGAAGAUCAAUGCCUUCAUUGCGCGUGUGCGCGAGGGCGCCGCCGAGCGCGGCGUGGGCGUGCCGAGCAGCAGCGGUGACAGCUACGCGGCGAGCGCACUGGGUGGCGACGGCGGCCUGGGCGGCGGCUCGGGCUCGAUGAAGAACGCACAGCACAUGGCGCUGAAGAGCGUGCGCAUCAAGCGCGAGGCGGACGAUGCGGACAAGGCGUAUCGCAAGGUCAUCUUCGACCUCGAGACGCUGCGGUUGCGGCGCGAGAAGACACUGCAGGCCGCACGCGUCUCGGUGCUGGAGUGCCGGCGCGAGCUGGGCCAGACGACGCGGGCGGUGUGGCUGCAGAACGAGCGCUCGCGCGUGGUGCUGGCGUCCUCGAGCCUCAGCCUGCACGACCAUGCCGAGAGCGUCGUGGAGCACACAACGGACUCGCUCGAGGGCGAGAUCGCGAAGCUGGAGGCGCGUUUGCCGCGUCUGGACACGCUGGACGAGGGGCCGGUGCCGUACAUCAACUACUUCUACGGCGAAUGCAAGGACCUCAUCUUCGGCACGUCGCUCAUCGACUAUGCCUUCUCGCGCGCGCAGCACUCUGCGCCCGUGCUCGGCCCCGCGCGCAUCGAGCCGCCGCUGAUCGUGACGAAGUGCAUCGAGUUCAUCGAGGCGCGCGCGCUGGAGCAGGCCGGCAUCUACCGCACCUCGGCCAAGCACACGACGGUCACGGGCCUGGCGCACGCCGUGGAGAAGGACGAGGAGCGCUUUGGCUUUGCUGACGACACGGAGCCGUCGGCUGUGGCGGGCCUGCUGAAGCAGUACCUGCGCCAGCUGCCUGAGCCUGUGCUGCCGAUUCCGUGGGAGGAGCGCGUGCGGCACACGCAUGAGCGCGAGGAGCACAUGCGCAACGGCUUUGCCGCGCUCAAGGGCCGCAUCCGCAGACUACCGCCGAUCAACCAGGCCGUGCUCAAGGCCGUGACGCUGCACCUGGCCAAGGUCGCCUCGUACUCGGACAAGAACAAGAUGACCGCAUCGAACCUCUCUGUUGUCUUCGGGCCAGUGAUCCUCUCCGAGGCAGACCACGAGACGACCUCGAUUGCCGCUGCGAUGGAGGAGGACCGCACGAUGGAGGACCUGAUCCUGUACGCCGGCGACAUCUUCGACCUCAAGACGGCCGGCGCGCCUAUCCUGCCGCCGCUGACGCGCUCCGGCGGUUCCAACUUCGACCUGCCGAGCCCGAGCCUGGGCAUCACAGCCGCGGCCACGCCGGCAUUGAGCGCGCAGCCGUCGGGCCCACACUCGCCAGUAGCGUCCAGCGCCGACGCGCCGCUGGUCGUCGCCAGCACUGCAGGUCUGCGCCGCAGCAACGCCAUCGUCAGCCCUGGGCCGUCCUCCGUGCCGUUCUUCGAGGGUGCCUCGCAGGCGCCUCCGGCGCCUCUCGAUGCUGCGCCAUCGCCGCAAAGCAAUGGCACGGCGCGGCAUGCCGCACGUCCCAGCCUGGCGGGCCUCGACACUGGCUCGGAGUGGUCGGUGCGCUCCGAGACGCCGCUCGACGCUACGCUGGGCGCUGCGCCGGCGCCACCGCCACGCACAGCCGACGGGCGGCCCUUCCUGGGCGAGCGGCGCGACACGGGCCUCUCGAACGGCGCGCCGCCGCCGGAGCAGCCGGCGAUGCGCUUCGCUGCCGGCAGCAGCAGCACGCCCGACGCCGCGCGCCAGAUGUACGUCUCCUCCGAGCCCACCAGUGCCGUCACGUCGAGCCGCGACGGCUCGCUCGGGCAUGGCCAUGAACUGCCCUACGGCCACGCAGCGCCGGCGCUGUCGUACCAGCAGGCGACGCCGUGACGACCCUCUCCCACUGUAGACCCCUCUCCAGCUUGCUGCACAUACCUCGCUUCACCCCACACACCC